UUGAUUAGUAUUCAAUACCAAGGAAAGAAAACGUGAGAGAGAGGAAGAAAAAUGGCUUCCUUAUCAGAGAAAGAGGCUGAAGCUUAUCUCGACGCAAGGCCCCGAUAUCCAAUCGAUUGGUAUAAAAAGAUUGCCGCACGGACACUUGACCACAAAUUUGCUUGGGAUGUCGGAACUGGCAACGGCCAGGCUGCUAUUGGGCUUGUUGAGCAUUACGAGAAUGUGGUGGCUACCGAUAUAAACGAAGCACAACUUACACGAGCAAUCAAACACUCAAGAAUCAGCUACCAUCACACUCCGAAAAACAUGUCGGAAGACGAAAUGGUGGCUCUAAUCGGGGGAGAAAACUCUAUGGAUCUCAUUGUUGCUGCACAAGCAGUCCAUUUUUUUGACCUAACCACAUUUUACAAUGUUGCAAAACGUGUACUUCGCAAGGAAGGAGGCCUAAUCGCCGUAUGGGUCUACAACGAUAUCAUUAUCUCGCCUGAGAUUGAUCCCAUAAUGAAGCGCCUUGUCGACUCUACUCUUCCUUUUAGAACUCCUAUUAUGAAUUUGGCAUUCGACAGUUAUAAAACGUUGCCAUUUCCAUUUGAGAGCAUAGGGAUGGGAUCCGAAGGAAAGCCUAUUACUUUAGACAUUCCGCAUAAACUUUCACUUAAAGGGUUCUUAGGGUUCUUGAGAUCGUGGCAGCCCGCAAUGAAGGCUAAGGAACAAGGAGUAGAGCUUGUAAAUGAAGAUCUAAUCACCAAGUUUGAGGAGGCUUGGGGUGAUGAAAACCAAGUUAAAGAUGUUUACUACAAGGCUCAUAUGAUUGUUGGGAAAAUUCAGGAAAUGAGAUGUGAAUCUGAUGAUCAAGUGUCUGAAGAUAGUAACAAAGAUCUCUUGCUGCAAACGGAGGUUGGGAGAAAACAAGAAAGGCGACAACCAUCCGAUGAAGACACUAGACAAAGUAAGAAACAAAAUACUAGUGAAGAUGAGGGCCAUGAGGCAUGCUAGAGUACAACAAUGUGCACUUUAUCUCUUGCGACAUAAAUUAUUAUCGUUGAAUUUAUAUAUUAAAUAAAAGAUUGAAUCGUCAUCAGUAUUUUGGUGAUUCAAUAAAGUUUUAAAUAAUUUAUAUUUUAAACCAUUUGAGAAAAUAAUAGCCUUUUUUAUA